GCAAGAUAUGAUGGAAUGGCUUCUUUAAUAUAUUGAUCCUACCAUAAUCUGAUUACUCCAUCCACCACUUUAGAUCCUAGUCAACCAUCACCGAUUUGAUUCUCUUAUAAUCCAUCUAAACAGUCAUCCAAAUAGCUAACCAACAUGAAGAUCCUCUCCCUCCUUUUAUUCUUCAUCGCCCUGGCCGCUGCUACUUCCCUGGCCAAUCCCGAUCCGGGCCUCUCCCUCCUACCAAGAGGCAGCCAUGGAGGCCACUCAGAUGGCGACAGUGACAGCUCCAGUAGCAGCUCCAGUAGCAGCUCCAGCUCUACUUCCAGCUCCGAUGAUGAUGGCUCGGAUGGUAGCAGCAGCAGCAGUUCUUCUACCAAGCAUCAUAAGAGCAGUAGUAACUCACACAAGAAUUCAACCACCUCCGAUGCGAAUAUUACCCUGGGAACCGCGGCGACCGCGGCGCGAUAUGCCACCAUCGCGAGUUUUCUCCUGGCCGCUGGAGUGAUGGCCUGGGCGUUGUGAGGGAUCAACAGGGAUGGAUAUACGUAUAUGGAUAUAGCAAGGAAUUAUUGUUUAGUCUAUAUUGAAAGUAAUAAUCAUCAACGCUGU